GUCAUUGUGCAUGCAGUGGAGAUGUGUGGCGCGAGCGAGUCAGCUAACUGAAGCAGACGAAGUUGGAGUAGAAUUAUGCAAAGGCAAACUGAAUACACAGUUAGAUUGAAGAAAGUUUUAAGCUGGUUUAAUACACGGAUACUAUUGAAGUAACGCACUCGGUCCUGGCUAAUUCUAAUUGGAAUUUCCUGCUGCAAUUUCAACUUGCAAAUCUAAACUUGAAAAGGCAAUUACCACGCCCGGCACCGGUACUGUACGAACGGAAUCGGACGCCGCUGUAGCUCGGCCGGGGCGCGUCUCGCUAUACGGGGAGGCAGUGUAACGUUAGAUAUGUGGAGAUGCUAUGCAGGAUGCGGAAUAGAACUUAAAUAAACCAUGGAAAUAUUGCCGUAGUUGAGGUACAUUAGGUAUGAAUUUAUAUCAUUGAUCUGAGCAGUUACCACGAACGACUAUUCUGCUAAAUGGAUGACGGAAAUAAUGGCCGUUUUCUUCACAAAUGUGUGUAAAUUUAGUGACUGUGGCCUGACUUUCCCAUCCCUUCGUCAGCUGAUCGAACACAUAGAGGAUGCACAUAUUGACAAUGAUCCCAAGUUCCUUGAGAAGCAAGAGUUGCAGCAGCCAUCAUCUUUGCCUCUCAGCUAUGUGAUCAAGUUUGUGACUGAUGCAGCAAAACAUCAACAUGAGAAGAAGAAGGCACGUGUUCACAGUUCAUCAACAUCAAGUCCAAGGACUAUUGCACAGACUCUUGUAGCAGCAGUCAACAGCGGCGAGUGGGACUUUGAUGAUGACAACGACAAGAGCGAUUCAGACAGCGAUAACUCCUGGACGACACAAGAUGAGUUUAGUUAUGAGCUUAUCCUUCGCACCAUGGCCACCCAGGUGGGGGACGAUAAACCCUUUCUCUGUCCUGUACCAGGAUGUAAGAAGAGAUAUAAGAACGUCAAUGGGAUGAAGUAUCAUGCAAAGAAUGGACAUCGGAAUGAAAAAAAGGUGAAGAAGAAUUUCAAGUGUCAGUGUGGUAAGAGCUACAAGACUGCCCAGGGCCUUAGGCAGCACAGACAGACACACACCAACUCACUAGACUUGCCUCUCAGUUCUCUUGCCAGUAACAAACAAAUUAAAACAUCGAAAGUAAGCAGCGCCCUCAGUAGUUUGGCUUCGUCAACGGUACCAGCAUCCAUCAUCCAGCAGGCCACUCCUCUCCUUGCCAGUCCCCUUGGGAUGUCCCUUGCCAACGGAAGCAUCGUCUUGGAAUCCAUCACCCCAAUCUCAUCGGGCAGCAUCAUCAUGGAACCUGGGGUGUCCACGGCAUCUGCAGCUCUUGGUAGUAUGGCCCAGGCCCAGCAGACAGGCCUUAUAGUGACUUUACCCUCUGGAGUGGAACCCACAAGCAUAAACCUCGCCAAGGCCUCGCUGGCCGCUGCCAACAAGGUCAAAUUCAAACAGAUCCACAUCCAGGGGGAUGCUAAAGACUGAAUCGUGCAAUAUGAAAUUCUUGAGGACCUUGACGGAUAGGAGAGCAUUUAUGAACUGGGAAUGCAAUUGGAUGCCUUGCAAUGCUGACAGAGGGUAGCUAUAUGUACAUUUUCAUUUUGUGCAACAUUCAUUUCACCAUUAUUUGGACGGGAUAGACUUUUCACUGAAAUUCUUGAAGGAGAUUGAGGUCAUCAAGGAGGAACAUUUAUAGCUUUUAUUGCUGCUUACUGUAUACAGUAUAAUCAAUCACAAUCAAUCUUCAGUAUAGUCUCAAGGGAAUGUUUUCCAUAUUAUGUGGCUAUUUUUUUGCAGGGACAUUCUCCACUUAUCAUCUCCAUUAAUACAUCUCAAAUCAAAUUUCUGUACCUCAUCUUGCCACCAUUUUCGUUUCAACAUUCUGUUUUUGCAACAACUCCUUCAGCAACUUUGUGAUAUUGUUUAUGAGAAAUACAACUUCAGAAAUGAUCUAUAUGAAACACCUAAUGGGUAACAAUAAAUUGAGAGUUUAUGAAAUCAUACCUCACUGAUGGAUGUAUCAGAAACAGAAACACUGAUUAUCAGAAGAUGCACAUGUUUUGUUUUUUAAUAUGCAGUGUACAUAUAUAAACUAUAUUUAUUCAUGAUAUUUAUUUUGUCUAAUGAUUUGGUUUUGGAUGAUCUAUGGGCAGUUAGCAUGGCUGAUAGUAAUAUUAACUUGGUAAAAAUGGUAGUAUAAAUUUUCAAGUCGAGGGUAUUUUUUUUCUUCAGACUACUAGAAAUUGCAUAUGAGACGUUGGUAUAUGCAAUAUUUAGAGUUUUUUUUUGGAGGUCUAUCCUAAGAGCUUAAAAUAAUCUACUUACAUGUAGAAAAUGAAAUUAAAGAUGUAUCUAGAACUGAGCGAUAUUUAAUAGCAUGUUUAACAGGUGGCGAUUUUCUCCAUUAACCAUCAAAUACAGGUUCAUAGACAUCUCAUUUAAAUUUGUGUACAUGUGGUCCUGAAUCAAUAUGUGUUGAUAGAGUAUGGUGCCAUCAAACUUGCAUUUCUAACUACAGUGAAAUAUAACCAUUAAAAAAUGUUACACCGAGCUGAUAUUCCAAAACAAAUUAUGUUAUAGUGCAAUUUAGUUCAGUAAUCAGAUAUAUUGGACAAAAUUCAUAUGGUUAAGUAACAAAUUGAAGUCAUUAUUUGUUUACAUUCACUUGUACAAAUAUUGCCAAGGCACAUUUAAUUGCUAUUGUCUGCAAAUUUCAACAUAUAUUGAUACCUGCAUUUAAAAUAUAAGUCAUUUUCUUCCCAUAGUUUUAAUGUGUACCUUUGAAUUCGCAAUUACAUCCAAAUAUUUGUUAAUUAUUGCUUUACUUAAUUUGUCUUUUUAUUAAAGGCCAAGUCCAUCCCAGAAAAAUCUUGAUUUGAAUAAAUAAAAAAAAAUCAAACCAGCAUAACACUGAAAAUUUCAUCAAAAUCCGAUGAAAAAUAAGAAAGUUAUGACACUUUUAAGUCUCGCUUAUUUUUCACAAAACAGUGAUAUGCACAACUCAGUGACAUGCAAAUGAGACAGACGAUGAUGUGCCUCACUCACUAUUAAUAUUAUUUGAAUGAUAAAAUAUUUCAUUUUUUGCAGAAUUGACAAUAAGGACCAACUUGAGAAUGCUAAUUCCUCAUGUUGAGGGAGGAAUUAAUCGUUGUUUCACUUGACAAUGAGGAGAAAAUUAGAAUAUUUCAUGUAAUAGAAUACAAAAGAAAUAGUGAGUGGAUGACGUCAUGCAGUCUCCUCAUUUGCAUACCGAUCAGGAUGUGCAUGUAACUGUUUUGUGAAAUUAAGCGAAACUUUAAAAUGUAAUAACUUUGUUAUUUUACAUCCGAUUUUGGUGAAAUUUUCAGUGUUAUACUUAUUGUAUUUUUCUCUUUUUAUGAAAGUCAACUUUUUGUUGGGAUGUACUUGUCCUUCAAAGGAAAGCUUUUGAAAAAAACUUUAUUUUCACACAACUUUAACUUUUGUCUUACCAUGAUAUUCAUACUUAAUUCUAAAAAGACUGGGAGGGGUGGAUCCACUCCAACAUUUUUCAUAAUCUGUAAUGCAUAAAGCUGGUGCCUCAUCCUUUCAUGACUUUUUUCUUUCAAGUCUCGAACAAUUUUUGAGAUCAUAUUUGCGAUGUCCUGAAAUUCCACAUUUCAUAAGUUUAUGUCAGACUAAAAAUUGCUCAAAAACAUGAAUUCAUGUACAAAUCCAAUGAAAAUUGUGGGAUUUUCAGCCAAAUUCCUAAAUCUAUCAUUUCUAAUUUUACUGAUUAAACUUAAUUGAUUUUGUCUUGUUUAUGAUCUGAAUAAAGUUGCUGACAAUUUUCGUGGAAAAAAAAAACAGAAAGUAAAAAAAACAAAGAAAUACAUGAAUUUAAAAACAAUGAAUACAUAAGAAAACAGUUGUUAUACCGAAUUUUCAAAAAGCACAUUUGAUCAUAAUCAGAGUCUGUGAAUAGAACAUUUGAAUAGCAGUAUGGGGCCUCAUUUACUUAAUUUGACAAAAUCUUUGAUUUUAUGCAUAAAUUAGCAUAAUUAAGUAGUUUAUAAUUAAGUAUCAGUUAAUUUCAGGAAGUCGAUUAUCCAGUCUUGGAGAGGACAUCCUACGUGAUAUGUGUGCCAAAAUUUUGUUGUUACAUGCUCAAUAGCUAUUAAGAGAUCUUGGCGGGGGGGGGGGGGGGGGGGGAAUCUGAGCAGUCUCUGAUGCAGUCAGUCUUAAUGAGAAACACAAAGGCUGUAGUGCUAGCUCAAGGUGAAUUAACAUCCUUCUGUCUGCCAAAGAAGCAAAACAUCUCCAUGCGUUCUUGAUCCAUCUCAUAAGCACCCUGAAAGAAGAAGCAGGUUAACAUGUUGCACUCAUCCAGCAUUUUCUAUCAUGGAAUGAGAGCUUGCUCUGUAAACACUGGGCUAUGUAAAGUGAUAGCGAUCCAUAUGUACACAGGUCAAGUCAAACCCAAAUGCUUCUAAUUUAUAUUCCUUGCAAGAUUCCUUUAGUGCAGGCCUCAGUAUGUGCCUUUCUUUCAAGUUCAUGUACUGGAUGUCAGCUCUAUGUUAAGAGACUAGGAACACUGUGUGCAUGUAAGGCUCAUCAGUUACACCAUAGGCACAUAACCUCCUAUACAUAUUAUGGGUUUUUUUUAAUUUUUAAUUAGGGAUUCCUCUGUUUUGUCUUUGAACUCUUGAGGAGAUUAGACAGCAAUUUACAGCAGCCAUUGGUUUAGUGAAAUUGCAUAAGAAAAGGUUUUACCAUCAAAAGUAAUAACUUUUCAUGAAAAAGAAUUAUCUUCUUAGACCGCAAUUGUUGUUCAGCAGAUACCCAACAUAGCAACAAAGAAAUUUUGCAAUGCACUUUGUGAAUACUGUUUCUAAAACUGUACAGGCUUCCCGUUUCAGCAACAAAUUAACAAUAACACAUUAUGAAUUUACUAUGAAUAGUUUUAGUUAGAAAUGGAACUAACACUACUUUGGUAAACUUGCUUGUACAAAUGAACAAUGUGAAGUAGAUGUCAUGUUUGAUAAGAUGAAAAAGCUAAUGAUACUACAUGAUAAGUUAGUUAGCAUGGUCUGACAAUGAGAAUAAAUUCUUGUAAUAUAGAGGCUACUAUCACUGCCAUGUAUAUUAUUGCCUCGAUGCUCAUAAUUAUAUCAUAUUGCAAAUCUUGGAUUACACCAUAAAGACAUGUCAGCUUAUAUCAUAGAUAACAACCUCAGAACUGGUAUUUAUAUGAUUGUAUUGUUCAUAGAAUGUCACCAAGUAACCAUACGACAACAGGCUCACUAGUGAAAGAGCAAGAUAUGAAUGUAGAUAUUUUGUAAAUAUUAAUAUAGUUAUAUAUUUUUAGUAUGAAGAAAAAUUUGAUAUGCAUUUUCGUAGAUGUACAAUGUAUGAAAAUGUUGUGCACUGGUCAAGUAUCAUAUGCUUUACUUUGUCAUUUUGUCUUACAUGUAUUUUUAUUUAUCUUCAAGUAUGCGUGUCAUUCAUUACAAAUUUGUAUUUUAUUUCGACUCAGGAUGUUUGUGAAUUGAAUUGUAACAGUUCAAACAUGGAGAACGUGGCUUAUUUGUGGAAGUAAUCUUUGAUGUUCCAUGGAAUAUCAUUGGUAAUAUAUACAGAUACUGGACAGCGACACUGAUGUUGGGCACUAAGUUUCUGUUUCAAGUACUGUUUUUUGUUGAUAUGUGUACAGUUCAUACCAGCAGAAAUUUACUUUUUUAUAGUUUGGUCUGUCAUGACCUGUGUGUAUGUACUAAAGAUAAGAAACCAGGGGACAUAUGGCUUGAAGUCCUCUUGCAUGGACUUGGAAGUAAAGAUUUUUGUUGUCCUGGGAUAUCAUGUUGACAGUUGACAAAGCCAUUGCUCUACCACUCAACAAUUACUGUGUGUCAAACUAUUAAUGUAAAGGAACUUAAACGUAAACUAAUUUCUUACACUCACUUCAUGUACUUAUUAUUUUACUUUUAUUUAUUUAUUUAUUUAUUUGUAAUUAUCUAUUAAUUUUUUGUUAAUUAUUUAUUCAUUUAUCAAUUUAUGUCAUUUAUUUAUUUUUUCAUAUUUUAUUGAUUUACAUACUUUGUCGGUUCACAAUGUUUAUUCAUUGAUUUAUUCAAGUGAUUAAUUUGUCAAUUUAUUUAUUCAUAUUUUUCUGUUUAUAAUUGUUAUUAGUUUAAGACCUUGUCAAACUUUUUUAUUAUUUUUUUUUCUAUUUACCUUAAGACCUCUUAAGCUGUAGAAGACUAAUGAGGGAGAAGUGCAAUUAACUCAAAACAGUCUUAAUUAUGCUUAUCUUGUUGGGUUGACUGUGCAUGUAUUUAUGAAAAUAUAUAUAGUAGGACAUUAAGCUUAUUAUUGCAACGAUCCAAACAAGUAUUGUCAUUAAAAAGUAGGGUUUUUUUUUUUUGGGGGGGGGUAAUUAGGUAGCCAUAUUGAAUUACAAAGGUAAAGGUGAAGCUGCCGUUUCACUAUUUAUCUCUUCACUUUACAUACACACUGUUGUUUGUGUUUCAUGUUCUUGCAGCAUGUACAUUGACUUUACGUAAUACCAUAUAUUUAUUAUGUGAAUGUUUCAUUACUAUGAAAAAAAAAUCACAGCAGUUAUUGGUCAUGUACUUUUUGACUGGGUUCUUUGCACAGGAAGCCUGUACUUUAAGAUCGUAGUCUUUAUGGGCAGGUUGAGAUAUUUUAAAAAGAAAUACCUCUAUCUAGAAGUAAAUAUUAAGGUAUAUGAACGAGACAGGCGCUCGUCACAUUUUCUGAAAUUUUCCUUAGUUUAAGCAUUGAUUUUAAAGCUUUUUCUUUGGGUUCCAGCAAAUACUAAAAUACUCUCAAUAUCUAAGUUAUAGGUUACACCCAAAAGAAGUACAAAGUGGUGCAGUUUGAAUAAAUUCUGACUUACAUUGUUGGAAAGGAAAUAUUCAAAUGAAAAGAGAGAAGCUUGAAAUUCAUGUAUUUUUUGUUCAUCUUUAUGUUUACAAAACUUCAGCAGCCCUUUAUUAUUGGCUUGAUAGUUGUGUUCAACUUAACAUUCUGUGCAAUUUAUACUGUAUAUUGAUAUUGUACAUAUAUGUCAUAUCCACUGAAAUGAUUUAUUUGCAUUGUUUUCAUUCUUUUGAUAAUGGAGGUCAUUGAAUAAUUAUUUCAUCAAUUAUGAAAUGGCUUCAUGGAGGCCGGACAUGUUCGUUUUUGUGGAGAUGUGUAAGAAAAGUUUUCCAAAUCAGACACUACUUCAAAAAGGCAAUCUUUACAGGCAGGCGGUCUGUAGGCUAUGUACAGUUUCCUUUUUUUUCAUCACUUUUUUCACUAAUCAUGGCUCUUUCUAUAGUCCAGGAUAGGCCCCAUAGAAACUUGACCAAACCUUGUUUUUUUAUAUAUACAAUAUUUUUUUAUGGUUUCUUGUCAAUUCGAGGGUGCUGAUUACGAAUCUGGAUGAUGCCACUCGUGUAACCUUGAGCAUUUCCCGCAAAUUGGCAAAAUCCAAUAUGGCCGCCAAAAUAUGCAAAUUACCCAUGAAAAUCAUAAAAUUGUCCGCACAUUGGCUAUGAAAUGCAUGAAAUCGUGUGGCAGGAGUGAAAUACUCUCUCAAAAAAUGAUUUUUGACAAAAUAUUUAUUUUCCUGAUAUUCAAAAUGGCCGCCAUAGGCCAUCUAUUAUGUACAAUAUGAAUAGGAAAAACUAAUUUUCACAAAAAUGAGCACUAAACUGCAAAAAAUCGCGAUGUAUGAACGAAGUAAUAUAUGCAAAUCAUCAUUACUAACGAGAUUUAUCAUUUAUUAUGUCAUAUAUGGGAACAUUGCUGUAUUUUGAUAUCUAAAAUAGCCCACUGGCCCAAACAGUAUUAUGUACAAUGGCAAUGGCCGGGGCCAAAAAAAUGACAAUUAAGAGUGAGCACUAAAAUGCAUAUUAUUAAGAUAAAGAGUGGAAUACUGACUAAAAACAUAAUUGUUAAUAAUUAUGCCAUUUAUGUGAUAAAUGCUGCAUUUUGAAAUUCAAAAUGGCCGCCAUAGGCUCUAUAUUUAUCAUGUACAAUGCGAAUGGAGAAACUAAUUUUCACACGAGUAAGAAACAUAAAAUGCAUGUAAUUGUGAUCUACGAGUAAAAUAUUGUCUGACAACAUGUUUUAUAGCAAGACAUAUAAUUUCUUUUGUCAUGCAUGAGAUAAAUGCUGUAUUAUGAAAUUCAAAAUGGCCCCUAUAGGCACUAACAGUAUUAUCUACAAUGUGAAUGGGGACAUAUAAUUUUGUAAGAACUUGGAUUUGCUUGACUAUGACAUCCAUAUAAUCCUGUUGUAUGAGUAAAAUGUUAUUUGAAAACAUAUUUUUUUAAAUAAAUUAUAGCAUUUCUUCUGCCAUAUAGGUGAUAAAACCUGUAUUUUGACAUUCAAAAUAACCUCUACAAGCCCUAAUUAUAUUAUGUAACAUGCGAAUAGGGAAACUAAUUUUCACAAGAGUGAGAAUCAUAAAAUGCAUAUAAAUGUGAUGUACGAGUAAAAAUAUUGUCUUAAACAUGGUUUCUAACUAAAUACAUCACAUAUUGGUCGUGGAGGUAAUAAAUGCUGUACUUUGAAAUCCAAAAUGGCUGCCAUAGGUCCUAAAUGAAAGUAUUGUGUACAUUGUAACAUGGGACAUAGACUUUUGACAGAAUUUGGCUUUGCUUGACUCUAAAUAUUGCAUAUAAUUGUGAAUUGUGAUCUAAGGGUGAAAUAUUGUCUAAAACCAUGGUUUCUAACGAGAUAUAUCAUAAUGUUGUGUAAUUAAGGUGAUAAAUGCUGCAUUUUUAAAUUGAAAAUGGCCACCAUAGGCCCUUAUCGUACACUCUAAAAAUUCGAAUGUUAAAUCAACAAUUGAAAGGUUGGAGGAGUGACAACCUUUUCAAAAUGUUACAUCCAACCUUGUAUAAAGCUUAAUCAAACAUUUUAAGUGUUGGGUAGAACCAUUUAAAGUGGUAAAUGCAACAUUUAGAAAAUGCUGUCACUCCUCCAACCUUUAAAAUGUUUAGUUAUCAUUUCUUUUUUUAGAGUGUAUAAUAUGCAAUUUGAAUGGAGACAAAUAAUGUUCACAAAAAGGGCAUAUGGCAGCCAUUUUGAAUGUUGAAAUACAGUAUUUAUCACCUAAAUUACAUAAGAUAUGAUACAUUUUGUUAUAAAUCAUGUUUUCAGACAAUAUUUCACUCAUACAUCACCAUUUGGCCAAGCAAAGCCAAAAUCUGUUGAAAUUAUUUGUUCCCAUUGACAUUGUGCAUAAUACCGUAAGGGCCUGUACCGGCCAUUUUGACUUUCCAAUAACAGUAUUUAUCACCUAACUGGCAGAAUAAAUUAUAUAUCUUAAUAGAAAUUAUGCUUUCAGACAAUAUUUUACUCAUAGAUCACUAUUACGUGCAUUUAUGGUGCUCACUCCUGUGAAUAUUGGUUUCCCACUUUGCAUUGUACAUAAUACAGUUAAUAUCUAUGGCGGCCAUUUUGAAAGUCAAAAUACAGUAUUUAACACAAACUUGAAACCUGAAUGAUAUAUUUUGUUAGAAAAUACGUUUUUAGACAGUAUCCCAUUAAUUUAUCACAUAUACAUGCAUUUUAGAGCUCACUCUUGUGAUUUCUUUGCUCCUCUUUCUCAUUGUGCAUAAUACUUUUAGGGCCUGGCAGCCAUUUUGAAUAUCAAAAUACAACAUUCAUCACAUACAUGGCAUAUUAAUAAUAUAUUUCGUAAACAAUUAUGUUUUAAGUCAGUAUUCCACUCAUUUAAUCUUAAUAAUAUGCAUUUUAGUGAUCACUCUUGUGAAUUGUUUGGCCCCCAUUGCCAUUAUACGCAAUACUGUUUGGGCCAGUGGCGGCUAUUUUAGAUAUCAAAAUACAUCAAUGUUCCCAUAUAUGACAUAAUAAAUGAUCUCGUUAGUAAUGAUGAUUUGCAUAUAUUACUUCGUUCGUACAUCGCGAUUUUUUGCAGUUUAGUGCUCAUUUUUGUGAAAAUUAGUUUUCCCUAUUCAUAUUGUACAUAAUAGAGUAUACAGGGGCCUAUGGCGGCCAUUUUGAAUAUCAGGAAAAUAAAUAUUUUGUCAAAAAUAAUUUUUUGACAGAGUAUUUCACUCCUGCCACACAAUUUCAUGAAUUUCAUAGCCAAUGUGCGGACAAUUUUAUGAUUUUCAUGGGUAAUUUGCAUAUUUUGGCGGCCAUAUUGGAUUUUGCUAAUUUGUGGAAAAUGCUCAAGGUUACACGAGUGGCAUCAUUCAGAUUCGUAAUCAGCACCCUCGAAUUGACAAGAAACCAUCAAAAAAUAUUGUAUAUAUAAAAAAACAAGGUUAUGCCUCUUCUAUCCUGGACUACUAAGGAAAAACAAAAGAUCUUCAUAAACAGGGAUGUCUUUCCACAUUGUAUACAAGAAGUUCCAAGGUAUAAGUUUUAAAUUACUCUUUGAUAAAGAUCAUAUCCCCAAGGCCAUUCUUGCUUUUUUUUAGAUAAUUGUUUGAAUUACAUGAUCAAUAUGAAAACUCUUUGCUCAACACAUUGACUGUUAUUCAUUUUAUUUGUGAGCAAUACCAAAUCAUUUUUUUUGUGGGGGGAGGGGGUUGCUAUGUUAAAGUUUUUAUCAUUUACUGAGUUUGAAAGGGAAAAUAUUAAUGCAUGCCAUUUAGGUAAAUCUUAAAAGUGAAGUAGACAAGCUCCCCCCCCCCCUCUCUCUCUCUCAUUCAUAGAGUUUGAAAAUUUGUGGCAUGCACCUGCAGUUCAUUUUUCAUCUGCUCAAAGCACUUUGAUGAUCCCUCUUCUUUUAAGCAUAUUUAUUUUCAUAAAAAUGAUAAAACAAUGCCUGUUAAUAUGAAUGAAGUUUCUUUGUAUACAUGUUGAUGUACAAGGCAUAAUCAUAGGGAGAAACAAGAUGGAUUUAUUUGUAUAUGUAUUUGUACAUGUAUUUACUUGAGUAAAUUAAAGAGGAUAAAUUUACCCUGAAA